GUAAUCACAAAGGGAAGCAAUUUAAUUUCAGUUCUGCAAGAACAAGGAAAAAAAUUUCUUGUUCCUUCUACUGAAAUACUAGCAUUAACGUUCUGCAAGUGAGCUGCUGACUUGGGAGUAUUUGGUGGAUAGACAUUAUUGUUCAAAGAUGGGUGAUGAAACAGAAGAUAGAAGAAAACUUGGUGCUAUUCUGGAGUAUAGUGAUGACUCAUCAGAAAAUGAAGAAUUAGAUGGGAAUGAAACUCUUCUUCAAGAGAGGGAUGAAGCUCAAGAAAAUCUUUUAAAGAUUGAACAAGCCUCUCAACAACUAAUUGAAGAGCUCACAGUACUGGAGACCAAGCUUGAGAUUGAGAAAACAUGUCGUGAGAAAGCUGAAGAAUAUGCUGUCCAUCUAAACAAGGAAAAUAAAAAGCUGAAACGCAUCAGUUGUGUGCUGCUGCCGCUAAUAACAGAACUUCCAGAAACACUUUUUCCGUCAUCUGAUGAAGAUGAAAAAGCUAGUGAAGCUUCAGCUAACAUAACCUCUCAAUACGAACAGGAAAUCAAAGAGCUGCAGGAUAACAUUUCCAGACUUUUCAAUGAGAAGAAAGCUCUGUCCAUUCAAGUGGAAGAACUCCAAAGCAGAAUAAGAGAUCUGACUGAAGAGUUGGAAUCUGAGCAACAUGAAAAGGCGUCAUUACAGAAGAUAGCUGAAAAGAACAAUAAGGCCAUGAAAAGAUUUAACAGAGUGUCGCAGAUUAUAACUGAGGACUAUCGAGAGAUCUCUCAACAGCUGGAACUGGAGCAAAGUCUACGUGUCCAUGCUGAAGCCUUUGCUCAUGAGAUGCUGGUGAAACAAAAAGAAGCCAACAGGCAGAGUAUGAUCCUGAUGCAGACUGCAGAGCCAGGAGUGCAGCUCCUUAAGGCCUUUGAUGAGAUUACAAGUCUGACCAAGGCUUUAGAAGAAACAAAGAGAGACUAUGAAAUGAAGAUAAAACAUCUUGAAAUUCAACUGGAAGGAAAAUCAUUACAGAAAGAACUUGACAAAGUACAGAGCAUGCUAAGCCUGGCAGAAGAUGAAAAUACAGAUCUAAAGAAGCAGCUACUUGAAGCAGAGGAGAAGAACACCCAGCUAGAAACAGAAGUAUCUGUGCUCCAAGACAAUUUGAAGGAUGCAAAGUAUCAAACAGCAGCAAUCGAGGAAAGAAAUGAGUCAUCAAUUACAGAACAAUCAGAACAAUCAGAAGUGCCUUUGCCUCCAGUUCCACCACCCCCACCUCCUCCUCCUCCUCCUCCUCCUCCUCUCCCCCCUACUUUUAAAGCGCCUGCAGAUCCCCUUCAUCUUAUUAGAAAGAGAAAAGAAGAACGUCAAUCAUCUUCGCUCCAGUCCAGUGAAACACAACAGACUCAAACUGAUGUAAGAGUUAAAGCAGUGAGUGAAAUGAUGGAGCGAAUAAAGUGUGGUGUUGUCCUUAGGUCAGCGAAGCAGGACACACAGAAAUGCCCAAGAGAGAGCAGGAAACGGGACAGUGCAAUCAAUGAACUACAAGGAAUUUUGAGCACAGUCAAAAAAUUUAAUAGAACCAAAAGUCAAAACAGGAAAAGUCAAGCUGUCAAAGAAAAUGAACUGGAGGCCAUUUUAAAAAGACGGCGUAAAGUAACAGAUGACCUAGUGAAACCUACAAAUGACAAUGUUGUGACCAGGCAAGAAAAAGAAAAAGAUGAGAAAGACAGCAGCUCCAAACAGGAUGUAUUCUCAUCAGAAAAUGAAUCCAAUCCUGUACUGGUAACACUGAGACAAAAGAGUUCAUGCAUAAAUCAAAGGAGACAAAUUAGCAUCAAGUAGAAAGGAAACACCAUUUCUGAAAAAGUAUCAGCUCAAAAAUCAUCUCUUGGAUUGUUUCUGAACCCUGUGUCUGACAAGAUCUGAAAACUUAUUUGACUUAUGAUCAGUUUUUCAACAUAUUCUGAGAGAAUGAUAAAUUAUUGACAAUAAUAUAUCCUGAGCACAGUUUUAGAUUCUGGGAUUAGCAAAAUGCAUUUCCAGUAUUAGGCUUCUGAAACACUUGUUUCAUCCCUCAAGCAUUAUGUACACUUUUUUAAGAAAUUCCUAAUUCAGAUUUCAAGAAUAUGUUUACCAGGUACAUUCAAUAUUCAGCUUGUGCUCACUGCAUACAACACAACCUGAGAUAAAAACAUCUAAAAGGUUUCUAAACCAGGUCACAUUUUUAUUUCCUAACAAAUAAGGUAAUGUUCUGCUAACUACUUUUUAAAAUUUAUAUAAAUUCUGUGCCAGAAUUACCAUUUUGCAUAACAAAGAAGAAGAUGGCAAAAGAAAAGCAAUUCAAAGCAGUUGCUAGUUUCUGUUUAAGGUCUUUCCUUAUACCAUCCCAGAAUCCCUUCAGUUCCUGUACUGUUCUAUAAAUCAUUAAACUCCUCUGGGAUAGGACAUUCUGUGGUCCUAUCUUUCCCUCCAUGAAAGUGUUAUGUUAUGUUCGUGUGAAUCUUCAUCCUUCCUCCUGUGACCUGUGCUUGCUGUUCCUCUCUCACAUCAUUUCUUCAAAAAUUCACCAUGGCCAUCACACUCUCAACAACAAUCACACAUUAUGUCUGUUCUGCAAAGCAUUCAUUGGCUUGCAGAGUGGUAUACAAUAGUCUAUAAGAUCCUAGUCUUAGUAUAUUUGUCCAUUUAUGACCUAGCACCCACUUAUCUGAAGGAAUUGGUUGUGCCAUUUAGCCCCACCUGGACUCUGUCUCCCACGGGCUGCUAGUGGGUCCACAUGUGCUUCUUUUGCUUUUCAGGCCUGUAAGCUGUGAAACUUACUAAAAGGGUGGCUUUGGGAUUGUCCAUUUCUGUUUAGCAUUCACAGGACACUUUUAAUACCCAUCUUUUUUGAAAUAGUCUGUGAUGUCUGUUGGCUAUUAUAUUUUAAUCUUAUUUUAUCACUAAAAUUUUAUGGGACACUUCUGGGUUUUAUGUUACAUUUGUAUUUAUUUUUUAUUUGUUCUGACCUUUGUUAUUAGUGUACUAUUUUUUUAAUCCCAGCCACAACAGACUUCACCUUCUAUUUUCUCAUGAUUAUUCCACAUUCUCAGCUCAUAUAUUCAGUGGGAGGGUUCUCCCUCCAUUAGAAGCUCCUUGAUUCAAUAGAAGAGUGGGUCAUCACUGCACCAAGACAGGAACAUGAGAGCUAGACUAUCAUUUUGCUGUCUGCGUGAUUUGUAUGUUUGUGAGUGUGUGUGUGUGUGUGUGUGUGUGUGUGUGUGUGUGUGUGUGUGUGUGUGUGUGUGUAGAAACCUUAGGCACUUCCCUUGUUUGCUUAAAAUGUGCCUUCAAGGAGACUGUCAGGGGCAGUUAUUGCCCAAGAGAUGGCAGUAUAUUGGCCUGACCCCCACACACACACUCUUGAGAGUAGACAUCUUCUGGCAGCCAUGGAUCUGCACAGGUAACUUAAGCCUUCCCAUUCACUGAGCACAUAAUCAUCACCAUUCCUCUUCCCAAGAGAUAGGGAGAAGAGCACACAUGCCUUGGCUACUAAUUAAAGCCACAAUAUGUAUAUCAUAGUUAGGGAAGGGCUUAAUCCAUCUACACCAUUGGGAUAAUGUAAGGACACCAUUUUUUGUGUUAUUAACAAACAUAUAUUUUCAUUUCCAUAUAUUUGGUUGAGUUAUGUAAAACAGUGCUACAUAGUGUUCCCAUAAUUCUGAGGUCUGUCCUACACUCCCAGUUAUCGGUGUCUCUCUAAAUAACUUGCCCUACGUACUGCUCUUUGCUUCCUACUGGGAUUGCAUUUUCCUGUUCACAAUAUCAAUUUACAUCCCACUACAGUUCCCACAUCCACUUAUUUAACUUCUGACAAGUUUCAUUUGUUGUUUUGUGCAAAAGAUAUUCCAGGUAUGUCUGUUUAAACAUGUUCUUGUUAAUUUCAUCUGUAACCCAUGAAGCCAUGCUGUGACCUGACUCUCAGAAACUACAAAAUAUUUUCUGGCACAUGCAAGUGAAAAUAUAAAACAGACAGAUAACUGCUUGUAUGCUCUCUGUCACUGUUAUUUUUUAAAACACCUAUCUAUGAAUAUGCCUGUCAUCUAGUAUCACACCAAGACUUUACCUGACACAUGUACAGCAAUCACUUUAAUCAGUGAAGAACAGAUGUUUUUUUCUGAUGACUCCAAAUAACAGAGUACAUUGGAUUUGUUGUACCCACCUGGAUUUAGUAAAGAUUAUUCUUUAAGCCAGUGUUGAAAAGAAAUUACCUGAAUCUGAUUGAUCAACAAUGUCUUUUAUCAUAGCAGUUGAUGAUUCAGAUGUGUUGGAGCUUGCAUUGAAUGUUUAUGUUUUAUAAGUCAUUCUUGAAGAAGUUUGAGAUAUAAUCUGAAUGUUUUGAUAUUCAUUUUUAUAUGCCAAUAAAUGUUUUUGUCUUUGUUGAA